AUGGUCGACGCUGCAUACGAUCUCGCUAAUGCACACAAGUGCCUGGACUCGGAAAAAACCUCCCUCGACAAGAUCUACCGCAAAGUCGAUCCCAGGGUCUCCUGGUUCUUGUGCGGAAUCUACUUUCUUCAAUUUAUCGACAAGUCCUUGCUUAACUAUGCUGGUGUCAUGGGUAUCAAAGACUACUUGAAAGAGGGCCUGAACCAGUUCUCCGAUUUGGGUACCAUCUUUUUUGUGGGGUUCAUUGUUGGAGAGCCCAUAAGCGCAUAUCUUUUCCAGAAACUCCCAGCUGCUAAGCUUCUUAGUUUCAACAUCUUCUGCUGGGGCAUCGUCAUUAUUGGUCAUGCUUUUCUGAAAAGCUAUGCAUCCUUGAUGGUGGUCAGAGUGCUUCUAGGGUUGUUUGAAGCAUGUGUGGCUCCAGGUUGUGUUUUAAUUACAGGCAUGUGGUACAACCAAAGUCAGCAGCUUAGACGGUUUUGUUGGUGGACAUGCCAGGCUGGAUUUUCUACUAUUAUUGGAGGACUUCUUUCUUUUGCAUUUCAGCACGUCAAUUCCACAGAGUUCCAAGGUUGGCAGAUCUUCUACUUGGUGAUGGGCGUGGUAACCCUGGGUUACGGUAUCCUAGUGGCUAUUUUCGUUCCUGACUCUCCUGUCAAAUGCAAGUUUUUAACUCAUGAUGAAAAACUCGUCGUUUUGGAAAAUAUCGAAGCGAACCACACCGGAACAGAAACAUACACCUUCAAAUGGGACCAAGUAAAAGAGCUUUUCAUCUACGAUAAGCACACGUACGUUUUUCUUGCAUUGACCUUGCUUUCCAUGAUACCCACCGGUGCUGUUUUGACGUUUUCCGUUCAGAUUAUCGCAAAUAUCGGUUUCACCAAUAAAGAAGCAGCUCUUAUGCAAAUGCCCCUUGGUGUAUCUACCAUCAUAGCUAUCGUGAUGGGCACCUACUUGUGCGCCCACUUCAAAGGCCGCUUCCGCAACUUGAUCUUUAUUUCUAUGCUCGUUCCAGCCAUCAUAGGCUACAUUGUGCUUGUUGCAAGUUACGACAAAAUCGGCCAGCUCUUAGCCGUCUAUCUAAUCAACGUGGGCACCUGCGUGAUCACGAUGAUAUACUCGUGGAACUCAGCGAACACCGCCGGUUACACCAAGCGUGUGGUGAGAAACUGUGUCACCAUGGUCUUCUAUGCCGUGGGUUGCUUGAUCGGGCCGCAGCUUUUUAGAGCAGGCGACGCUCCCCGCUACCUCCGGGCGAAAAUCACUCUUUUGGUCAUUGAGUGUGUCUGUAUUCCUAUCGUUCUCUUGGUGAGCUACAUCUCACGCCACGAGAACAAGCAACGAGAUGGAAUCACCAAGGAGGAGAAGGAGCAGUGGGUCGCCGAGAAGGGCCCCCACUACCAGUUCUUGGAUUUGACGGAUAUGAAGAACAUCCACUUCCGGUACUCCUAUUAG